AUGGAAAAUGUCAAGCCCUCUACGUGGAACUUAUUCGUCGAUGGAUCGGCUGGGGACACCAGUUCGGGUGCUGGAGUUGUCCUCAUCAGCCCAGAAGGUUACAAGCUGAACUCAACUGUGAGGUUCGGAUUCAAGGCCACCAAUAAUGUGGCAGAGUAUGAGGCACUUCUUGCGGGCCUCAGGUUAGCCAAAGAAAUGCAAGUGAAGAGGCUACUUAUCAGUAGCGACUCCCGGCUUUUCGUCAGCCAGGUAAACCGCAACUUCUCUGUCAGAGACAAAACCAUGGCCUCCUACUUGAAAAUGGUGAUGUACCUCGUCCCAUCAUUUGAAAAGUUUGAGUUGAUCCAGAUCCCCCGUGUGGAGAAUGCACAUGCGGAUGCACUCUCCAAACUUGCAAGUAGCAAGGACUUCGAACUACUCACAAUAGUCCCAAUAGAGCACCUUCUCAUACCAUCAACCGAGGCCCCUAAUGUGAUGUGGAUUGUCGGGACUCCUACCUGGAUGCAGCCCAUCGUGGCCUACCUAAAGAACCAGGUACUUCCCGCUAAUAAGCAGGAAGCUUACAAGCUAAGGAGGAGGUCAACUCAUUUCCUCUUCAUCGAUGAUAUACUCUACAAGAGGAGCUUCUCCUCUCCACUCCUCCGAUGCGUGGGAGGAGAGGAGGCUACCUACAGCUUAAGGGAAAUCCAUGAGGGAGUGUGUGGUAACCACUCUGGAUGUCUAUCUUUGGUGCAAAAAAUACUGAGACAGGAGUACUAUUGGCCUACCUUGAAAAAGGACGUCCUCCAAUUUUGGGGUAUAGACCUCAUAGGCCCUCUACCGAAAGGCAGAGAAGGUGUGAGCUUUGCAAUUAUAGCCAUUGAUUACUUCACGAAGUGGGUUGAGGUUGAGCCACUAGUAAAAAUCACGAAAGCAAACACUUCCAAGUUCUUGUGGAAGAACAUUAUAUGCUGGUUCGGGAUUCCCUACUCAAUCGUCUCAGAUAAUGGUAAACCAUUCGACAACAAGAAGGUUAGAAGUUUGUGUGAAGAACUUGGCAUCAAUAAGCACUUCUCCAUACCUCACCACCCGCAAGCAAAUGGCCAAGUUGGGGCUGUGAACAAGACCAUCAAACAUGUCAUGAAAAGGAAGUUUGAUAUGUCAAAAGGGGCCUGGGUGGAUGAGCUACCACAAGUGCUUUGGGCAAUCCGAACCACAACCAAGACCCCUCGCAGGGAAAACACCUUUCCUCAUGGCAUACGGAACGAAAGUAAUGAGCCCUGUUGA